CUCCUUAUCACUCCCUAGGGUUUCAGUUCCAGUAGACGAACUUUCCCUUCACCCAAAGCCGUAGCGGCCACUUGCUCUUGCGAUUUCAUUUUGCAGCCAUGGCGGAUGCUGAUGUUGCCCCAGGACAGCCAAAGAAGAGAACGUUCAAGAAGUUCAGCUUCAGAGGCGUUGAUUUGGACGCUCUUCUGGACAUGUCAACCGAUGAGCUUGUCAAGCUCUUCCAUGCCCGAGCCCGCAGAAGGUUUCAGAGAGGGCUGAAGAGGAAGCCUAUGGCCUUGAUUAAGAAGCUGCGCAAAGCGAAAAGGGAGGCUCCGCCCGGUGAAAAGCCAGAGCCAGUUCGCACCCACCUCAGGAACAUGAUUAUUGUGCCCGAGAUGAUUGGGAGCAUAAUUGGAGUGUACAAUGGCAAGACUUUCAACCAGGUUGAGAUCAAACCUGAGAUGAUUGGCCAUUACUUGGCUGAGUUCUCAAUUUCAUACAAGCCUGUCAAGCACGGUAGACCUGGUAUUGGUGCCACCCACUCAUCAAGGUUCAUUCCUCUCAAGUGAAGCUGUUCUUUGGAGGCUACUUCUUGGUCUGCUUCGAUUGUGAAGAGAACCUCUAUUUCCAUCCAAUUUUGUUUGUUAUGCAAGUUACUGGGAGGAGUGUUUCUCUUAUGACAAUGAUUUAAAAUAUCUGGAGUUUAUUCUAUUGCAUUUGCAUAGUUUGUUUUGGAUUGUUGAAUUUUAUUGCUACAUAUAGGUAUAUUCCUCGA